UCCACAUGGCAGCUGUGGAGCUCAUCAGUUUCUUGGGCUGUUGUUUCUUCUGUUGCGUGUUUUACUCCGAUCUCCAAGGGAUGAAACUCGCGGGUUUCUAUGCGCUACACAUCAUUUUCCCUGGACAGAUUCUGUUUCACGUGCUCACCUGCGUGGAGCGCUACCUGGCUGUCGUUCACCCCGUCACCUACCUGGGGCUGAAACAGUCGGGUGGGGUCAGGAUCAGAAACGUCAGCUGCGGGUGUGUCUGGCUGCUGUGCGUCGGAUGGAGCGGGGUACUUGCUGUUUUUAGGCCCUUUAUACCCGUCCUUCCAUUUCUCAGCCUCUUGAUUUUUUCCUUGCUUGUCGUCUCCUUCUGCAGCCUUUCUGUUCUCUGCGUUCUGAUUCGUCCAGGGCCGGGGAAAGUGGGCGGGGACAGGGAGCGGGUUGACCAAUCAAAGCAGAGAGCUUUCUGCACCAUCAUGGCCAUCCUGGUAGUGCUGUUGCUGAUGUUUGCGGUGUCGUUGGGUGGUUGUGCGUUGUACACUGCGUCAAUUUUGAGCUACACUGGCACCUGUGUGGCGUUGGCGUCUGCCCUCUGGUUGAAUCUGCCCAGCAGUCUGGUGUUGCCUCUGCUGUUUCUGCACCGGGCAGGAAAACUAGGGUGUUGUUCCAACGCUGAGUGA